AGACAUUGACGUCGAUGUUAAACGUGACACACAAGCCUGCUAACUAACGACACCAAAUUAUUCAUGAAAGUAGUUAAACAAUAUGAUAUCCAAGAAAACAAAAACGCGGGUAAGUGAAUCGUAGUUUCUGUAAUUAGAACCGUCAUGAACAACAGCACAGAGGCUUGUUCCAGCUACCAGUUUUCGCCAUCUUUUCUAGUUCUUGGAACACUUAGUGGCAUCUCCUCUGUUUUUUCCAUCGUGGGGAAUUCUGUUGUGUUAUGGACAGUGUACAAAACAGAGGCAUUGCAAUCUGUGUCGAAUUUUUUCAUUGCUUCACUAGCGUUAGCAGAUCUCUUGGUGGGCUUGGUUCUCAAUCCUAUCCUCAUCGUUCGUGCCGUAGUUUAUGGUUAUCAGAUGUACACAAACAUCAUUCCACAUGGUUUUGAUGUAGCUGAGGAUUAUCUCUGGAUCCAAUGUCUCUUGAUAUCAACGUUUAGUUUUACUACCAUAAGUAUUGAUCGGUUUAUCGCCAUCACACGGGCAAUGUACUACGAGACAGUCAUGACUACCCGUCGAUGUCAGAUCAUCAUCGUCUUCUUAUGGACCUCAUCGCUGUCAAUCGCUUUGUUAAGGGUCUUUUUGAGAGGGAAAGACUUACCAUGGCUAUGGUUAGCAACUAUCAUUCUUGCAUGCUUAUUCCCUCUUUGCAUUACUUGUUACUGUUAUACUGCGAUUUUCAGGACCGCAAGAUUGCAGAUAAGGAACAUCGCUAGUCUAUCGAAUACGCAAGAACAGGAGCAACACUCCAAAGCGGUAAAGAACACCAAAGCAGCGUUCACAAUAGCGAUUGUUAUUGGAGUGUUCGCCAUCUCAUAUGCUCCUAGUGUAGUAGUAGCUUGUGUUAGUCUUACAAUUAAAGGCAAGUGUGCGCAUUUAUACAACGAAACCACAGAAUGGCCGUGGGCCUGUUUGGUAGCCUACUGUAGCAGUGCUAUCAACCCUUGGAUUUAUUCCAUAAGAUCUCAAGAGUUUAGACAAGCAAUAAAGAGAGCCUUUUUAAGACCAGUGGCAGAUGAUAGAAAGAGGACUUCACUAAAGAUGCCAAAAAGACCGGUGAACGAGAACAGUACCCAAAAAAUGUCUUGAAAGAAUAAAAGUGCAUAUGAGACCAGGCAGGCUGAGCACUUGGGAAAAAAUCGUAGACAACUGAGCUAUAUGAGGCCUUUUUCCAUCCCGGGAUUUGUGAGACAUACAUGUUGAAGAGUGUGACGACAGAGAAUUUUAGCCGAGUUAAUGAUUAGCUCAACCGUUCAAUAUUUAAUUCAAUUUAGUCAAUAAGUCAAAUUCAAGCYCAGUUGGUCAUAAUAGCAGGAUAAAAGUUAUAGUAACUUUAGGAAGUCUUUUCUUACUACAAAGGAUAACGAGUUAAUCCGCAGCAAUAGAUUGUGCAUGGCUGAAACAAUGCGCUAACAAAUCGGUUCCGAUUGUAACGAUCUCACGGGAAUAUUCGGGUUAGUUCGCGUAUUGUUUAGCCAUGUSCUCAUUAGCGCUAAAUCUUCAUUAACCUACGAUCUCUUUAGAAAUUAGUUUAGUUUUGUUGGAUACGCGGUUGCCACAGACGCUUAAAUCUGGGUUGUCCUUAAAUAUCAUUUUAAUAUUUUAGCUUAGGAUAUUUAUUUUCCUAGCGUGUGAUAUUUACGAUUUCAAGUUGUAUUAGUUAAAAUUAUUCAGUCGUGCGAUUCAAUAAAUUGUUUUGUAAAGUUA